AUAUUUAAAAAUCACAGACAAAUGCAGGAUAAAUUUGAAUUAUCUAUUCAUCUAAAUAUUUAUUAUGUAUUUCAGAGAGCUAUAAUAGUUUCUCAGUUACUAGAGAGCUAUGCUUCCAAUGCUAAUGACCAGGCAUUCCAGGAUAAUCCACGGGCACCAAUAACUGUUCUACCAUUUUCUGCUUCUCAAAGUGAAGACAGUCCUGACGAGAGGAUAGGAAACACAACAUGGUGUCGGUGUGAUUCUUGUAUCCCAAUGCCUACACAGAUUGAAUCUGUUUGCUGUAGAGAACUUCCAAUAGUUGAAGCAAAUAUUCCAGAGGGAUUGAAUUGCAUGACAGCAGCCCCUGUCUUCAUAACACAAUUUACAACACAGACACCUGUUUACAUCGUUUACAUGGCAAUCCACCAACAAGAAAGACCUCUAAUUGAUGCAGACAACAAUAGGCGACUAAGGAAAACUGCAUAUCGUGCUUUUAUUGGGUGGAUUUAUGGCUUUCUUGGGAAAGGCAACCGGAAAGUCAUCCCAUCUUGUGUUGUCAAUUCGAUUAGAGAGGCAUUUCCAGAUCCAAAUGGGUCAUAUGUUGGUUUCAUGUACUCAGAUGAUUACGACGCCUCCCAAAUGGCAUUCCAUUAAAUUUAAAAGUUUAUUAUAUUUAAAAUAAUUUU